AUGUGUUUGGCGCCAAAAGCUCAGAAGAUUUUUAUUGACCUAGCUUUCGAUUCGAUCGAUGCGCCUGGCCGCAGAUCGCGCGCACACACGGGAGGGCGCUGCCGCGACUGGCAGUGGGCGAUCCCGCGCUCCCAGAAUCCUUUCUUUUUUCCCCUCUUGCUCCUCCUUUCGCUCUUUUCUUAUUGCGAUUCUUUGUCGCGGAAGUGGUGUCUCAUUGCAAAGAAUUCCACGCUCCUACAGUCCAGAGGUGCCUCUUCGAAAGCUUGGCUAGCGUUUCACAGCUCCCUUUCGACAUCAGCUAUGGGAGUGGUAGCGCUCGAGAGCUUUGAGCCGGCUCUGACACCUUCUCUCGAUCACAGGGAUAGCCACCACUCUGAUCAGGAAAUACCAUCCAUUGAUCUAUUGCCUUUUUUCGAGCCAGAUUCAUCCCCAGGCAUCGCAGCGGGCAGGGAACGAAUAAUUCAGGAGAUCGCCAGAGCCUGCGAAGAAUGGGGAUUCUUCCAGGUUGUCAACCACGGCCUCGACUGCGACUUGAUAACUCAGUCCCUCCGGGCUUCCAAGGAUUUUUUCGAUCUCUCUAUGGAAGAGAAGAUGAAAGUGAGACCCCCUCCAGGAACUUGUCCCGUGCCCAUGGGAUUCUGUCACAACAGUGGAAUUGACGGCCUUGUGGAGAGAAAGGAACAUCUUUUCUUCUUCGCUGAGGAUGGAUCACCGACGAAGUCACCUGACAGUUUCUCGAAGUACAACGUUUGGCCGGGAAAGCCACAAAACUUCUGCUCAAUUGUCCGCGAGCGACUUAUUGUCGAGGGCCAGAAAACAGCGAUUUUCCUGCUGAGUCUUAUUUCCCGGAGCUUGGGACUGCCGGAUAACUUCCUGUACGAGCACUACAAGGAGAAGAUGAACGCUCUCAUCAUGCUCUUCUACCCGGUUUCGGACAUCCCGGAAGACAUCGGCCUCCACAAGCACCAAGAUGGGAACAUUCUCAGCGUGGUGGCACAGAACGAGACCGAGGGACUCCAGGUCUUGAAGGACGACAAGUGGAUCACAGUCAAGCCACGCACGGGGAGCUUGGUUGUCAACGUUGGCGACAUUGUCCAGGUGUGGAGCAACGACAGAUACAAAAGCGUCCAGCACCGAGUCAUCAACAACGAUCAAAACGUCCGCUACUCGUUCGCCUUCUCCUGUGUUCCUGGAGUGAGCACACUGGUAGCUCCGCUCCCGCAGUUCACGAGCGAGAUCCAACAGGCCCCGCGCUACCGGGAGUUCCAGUAUGGGGAGUACAUGAUGUACAGAUUCGAGAACAAGAAGAUCGUAUCCAAGAACUCGGAGGAGAUCACCAUCAAGUACUAUUCAACCGCAGAGGAGUAAAGAUCGCAAGAACAGGAGACACAAGCAGAAGAAAGAAGAAGAAGAAAAUCGAUGUUAAUUAUCUGUCGACAGCAACAGGGAUAAAUCUAACAAAAAGACACGGGUUAUGUUUUUAGGCCG